GCUCAAGAGUCUGGACCGGGCCCUGGGCGAGAGAGAGAGAGACCUGGACUGCGCGAGGUGGGAAGCUUUGAGGCCAGAUGGCUGGAGCAGACACCCAGUGAUGCAGGACGAGAAGACGGGCUCAACGGCGGAGGUCCCUGACGAACCCAGAGUGUAUGACGCGGACUACACGACCAACACCAUGGCAGCCAGGACCUCGUCAGUACCAGAGCGGACCCUUACCCUGGGAUACCGCCUGUCGGUAUGCGAGGGGGAGGGAGUAGCCCGCGGAUGCCAUGAGAACCGCGAAUACAGCGAGCGGCAGAGUCGGGGGACUUCGCCUGGGCGAAUUACGAUUGGAACAGGAUGCGGAAACGAGUACCAGGGCCAGCCCGUGCGGACAGAGCCUCACGGGAGCAGGGCCCACAGCCAGACAGUGAACCACAUGUACAGCGACGAAGUGGACCCCUUCGACGACACGAUCGACUAUGAGGAGGAUGGCGGUUGCGGGGAAGUUGACCCGUACGAGGAGCUGGUGCGCUACGAGGAGGAUAUGGAAAUGGAGUUCCAGGCUACUUACGGCGAUGUAAACGGGAAGAUGGGCAGCCCCAUGUAUGAGCAUGUGAUACGAUAUGCGAGCGAGAAGGCCCAUGAAAGUGAUGGACACUCCAGCUCGCACGACGCUAGUGGCCAUAAUCCAUUGGGAAGAGCGGGCAACAGGGCGAGCAAGUCGCUAAAGGACCGCACUGUGGAGGCAACGCCCAAUAUCGACACCACGGUAAUGAACGAAGAACGGAAAGCAGCCUCAAUCAUUCACGCCAGAGAUGAAGCAGACGAGCCGCCAUCCUUUAUUGCAGCGGGUGCGGCCUACAAGUCGGACCCAGAAGGCGCAAGAGCUCUGGCCAGAACGUACAACAGAACCAUGAGUGCGCUGGAGACGUUCUACUGCAUGUGCUACAAGAUCGACUUCGAGGACCGCGCAUACUACAAGGGGAGAGGGAAAGCUACAUCCUUUGAGACGGUCAACGUACGCGAGAAAGGAGAAAGACGGACACGGUAUGCAAGUAUGAGAGCGGACUGGUGGAGCAGGACGGAAGCAAUCCUCAACAAGAUGAUCAAGCACAGACAAAAGGGGCAAGCGGAACGGCAGAUCGACACGCUCAUGAAG